AUGGCGUCGGGACCACCUUCGAAGAUCUCCCACAUGCUGGAGACCUGCAUCUACUGCAAAGACAUCAAGGACUCCUGCGACUUCUACACCCACACCCUCGGCCUGACACCUCUCUUGAGCAACGAGCGUAUGGCCUGCUACCCCCUGGGCAACACGACUCUCCUCCUCUUCGCUUUAGGUGAAACCUAUGAUGAUGUGGCACCCGAUCCAUCGAAACCCUACAACAUCGUUCCCAAACAUGGGCCGAGCAGUGAUAUCGUGGACUCUCUUGUCCAGGACCGGAAGCAGCUGAGGCAGCACUAUUGUUUGGCGGUAGAGACGCGAGAGGACGCAGAGCGGUGGGAGGAGUAUUUGAGGGAGAACAAGGUGAAGAUUACAGGUAGAAAUGAGUGGGAGAAGGGUGGGUAUAGCGUGUAUUUCGAUGAUCCGGAUGGGAAUGUUGGUGAGAUUGCGAGUCGGGGCAUCUGGCCGCAUUAUUGA